AUGGACACAAUCUUGGUGCUUCAUAUUGGCGCGGGAAAGCACUCCAUCCAACAAACAAGAAACUACAAGAAGAUUCUCCGAUCGGCCAUCUGCGCGAGUGAUCUCAUCCAGGCUUCACGUGUUGUUGAGAGAAGUGCCCUAACAAAUACGGGAUUUGGUUCAAGUGUCGAUCGAACCUGCACCGCCACAUCCGACGCAUGCCUAAUAGAAGUGAGCGAUGGUCGUAUUGUAAACAGCUUGGCAUUGCUCAACAUACACGACGACGCGUUUCCAACCACGUGCGUUGAUAAAAUAGCACGUCAGUUGAAACAGGAGUACGCUGCCGGUAGCGUUGAUAGAUGCUUCGGUCUCUCCAAGCCCACUAUCCUUGAUUACAAAACAUACAAGGAAUAUUUGGACCUCUCCAAAAGGAAAAAGCUGAAGUUCUAUAAAAGAAGAAAGGGGAAUCCCGAAAAAUCUCUGCCAACAACAGAACAGACGUUUGUCCUGCCUGGCAUCGAGGAUACCGUGGGAUUUAUUGAGAUUGCAAACUCACCAAAACGCACGACGCGUAUAGCGUCAUCUUCUGGAGGUAAUUUUUACCGUUUGCCGGGCCGGGUGAGUUGUGCUGGCACCUUAGGGUCCGGAAUUGGAUAUAGUCGCUACAAAGAUGUCGAGGUGAGCUGCAUGUGCAGUGGGAAUGGGGACGACAUCAUCGCCAUGAAUUUGGCGGGGUAUCUCAGUGAAAACAUGGCUGGAACUCUCGGGGACAGCAACGAAUGGCCCGAAUUGGGGCCACUACUAGAGUCCCACAUAUUACGAAAAAGCCAGCUGGUUGUGAAAACAGCCGUGAAUGCCAGCGUCGAAGAAAUCACGUAUAUAGGCGUGGUUAUGGUGGUGCGAUCGCCCGAUGCUACGCGGCUCGUUUUUUGCCAUAGCACCGAAUCGCUUUACUUUGCAUUCAGACUGCGGGGGAAAUCCGAACUUGUGCUCAGUCGGAAAGACCGCCCAGUCGGCGAGUUUUUGAGUGGUGAAUACAAAUUAGACUGA